AUGGCCGCACCAAAAUUGACCAAGAACCAGAUGCGGAGGGCGAAAAAGAAGGAGCAAAAAAAGUCAAAUCAGGUUCAGGCUGCCGAUACACCAGAGCAAGAAAAUGCGCAAAACGAACAGAGCGCUGCCGAGGCCCUAGAUGAUUCCGACGCUGGCAAGGCCGGUACCGACACGGCCGGCCCUGUCGUCGCUGCUGACACCACUGUCCUCGAUGAAUCUCUCCAGGACGACCCAGCCUUCGCUGUUUACAAGGAAAUCUUUGGCAAAUUUGGCUCGUCUCUAAAGGAGGACGAGAUCGCCAAGGAAGCAAAUGCGGGCAAUCAAGGCACUGUCUUGUACAGCGACGAGGACAACAUUCCUGACGAAGACGACGAAGAAAAGAAGCCCAAGCUGUCAAAGAAGAAACGCAAGGAGCUAAACAAACUGUCUGUUGCCGAACUCAAAGCGCUCGUGUCAAUUCCAGAGGUUGUGGAUUGGCACGACGUAUCUUCGUCAGACCCACGAGUUUUGGUACAGAUCAAGGCACAGCGAAACGUCGUUCCUGUUCCGUCACACUGGUCUCUCAAAAGAGAGUAUUUGUCUUCCAAGAGGGGUGUUGAGAAAGCCGCCUUUCGCCUGCCACAAUUCGUCGCAGACACGGGAAUCACAGAGAUGCGUGAUGCCGUUCUUGAGAAACAAGCAGAGCAGACUUUGAAGCAAAAACAAAGGGAGAGGGUGGCGCCUAAAAUGGGACGUCUUGAUAUUGAUUAUCAGAAGCUUUACGACGCGUUCUUUCGCUUCCAGACCAAGCCAGAGCUUACUCGAUUUGGUGAGGUGUAUUAUGAGGGGAAGGAGGCAGAGGUCGACUUUCAGCACUUUCGACCGGGUGAGCUUAGCGAAGAGACCAAGGAAGCACUGGGGAUGCCUGCUGGAGCACCACCGCCAUGGCUGAUCAAUCAACAACGAUAUGGUCCACCACCUUCGUAUCCGACACUAAAAAUCCCCGGCUUGAAUGCCCCUCCCCCACCAGGAGGCUCAUGGGGCUUUCACCCUGGUGGCUGGGGCAAGCCUCCUGUUGACGAGAGUAACCGACCGUUGUACGGCGGUGAUGUGUUUGGCCUUGCGCAGAAUGGAGCGCAGCCGCAAGGGCAGGCCCAGCUGCAAUUAGGCGAGGGUGUAGAUCGAACUCUCUGGGGCGAAUUGCAACCUCGUGAGGAGGAGUCUGAAGAGGAAGAAUCCGAGGAGGAAUCCGAGGAGGAUGAGGAUGCCGACACUGGAGGACUGGAGACACCCAGCGGCAUGGAGACCCCCAGCGGGUAUUCUAGCACCUUGCACGAGUAUGGCAGUGGCGUGGAGACAUCGAUGGCCGGGAAACUGGAUCUGCGGAAAAAGCGCCAGGGCUACGAAACGGAAGAGUUGUCCACGCCUCGGUCAGCAUACACUGUCUUGCCGGAACGGCAGGUACGUGCCGCGGGUUUCUUUGGUACCGACCGCGUGUACGACAUCAAGGCCAGCCAGCGAGCAGGCAUGCCUGUUCUGGGCUCAGAGGACGAUUCCCGGAAGCGCAAGAAGCCGGGCGACGUUGACGUGGCCUUGGAUGUCGAUUCAUUGAAUCAGCAUGACGGGAUCAACAAAGACGCUUUAAGGAAAAAGUUUGAAGAGACCAACAGACAAGAAGGCAUCGGCGCCAAGUGGGCGCACGACGACGACCUCACUGAUCUCAUUGCCGAAGAGAGCCGGAAGCGGCAGCGCACAGAAAAGGAGCUACGAGAGAAGAAGAGGGAAGCCCGACCCAGGUUCUGA